GGUCACUUUGACAGAGCACAAAAUGCAUUUUAGAAAUUUUAACUACAGUUUUAGCUCUCUGAUUGCCUGUGUGGCAGAUAGUGAUGUCUUCAAUCAAGCAGAAAUAAGGGCCAAAUUUGAAUCACUGUUCAGAACAUACGACAGAGAUAUCACCUUUCAGUAUUUUAAGAGCUUCAAAAGAGUACGAAUAAAUUUCAGUAACCCUUUAUCUGCAGCAGAUGCUAGAAUCCAGUUGCAUAAGACAGAGUUCCUUGGAAAGGAGAUAAAACUGUAUUUUGCUCAGGUUAUCAGUCCUACUUUGCACAUUGGAAGCUCGCAUUUGGCACCACCAAAUCCAGACAAACAAUUUUUGAUUUCACCUCCUGCCUCUCCGCCUGUUGAUUGGAAGCAAGUGGAAGAUGCUACUCCAGUCAUUAACUAUGACCUUUUAUAUGCUAUCUCCAAGUUAGGACCAGGAGAAAAGUAUGAGCUACAUGCUGCAACUGACACUACACCUAGCGUUGUCGUCCACGUAUGUGAGAGUGACCAGGAAAACGAUGUCGAAGAAGAAACAAAGAAACCCAAACCAAAAAUUAUUCAGACAAGAAGGCCUGAUUAUACUCCUGCCCACUUAAGUUGAACUGCUGUUGUUUUUCCAAGGGUAGCAAGCAGACCUAUGCAAGGGAAACAUUUACUGUGGAAACAGCAGGUCACAGGUUUUGUGGCAACAGCAGCAGUUAGAAGUCGGAGAAAUUCCAGUACUCAGAAAUAAGAGGAAGUUUCGUCCUUAUUUUUAAUGCUGCGGGUUGAUGGAUGUCAUGAGUGCAUUCCUUGAUCACUGGGAAUGAAAGAUAGGCAGAAGAAAACAUUUUGAGACAAAACAGGACAAGCUAGGUUUAUUUUUUUGGGGUGGGUGUUGUAGGCUGUUCUAUUAUAAAGCAGCUGGGGGAAGUUUUCUUUGUUCUGACUGUCAUAAAUCCUCAAGCUAAUAGGUUAGUCAUUUUGUGGAAUACAUAGUGAUAACAGAGGUGGGUUUAAAGAUUAAGUAUGGGAAUUAUAAACCUCUUUCUUAUAACAGAUUUUGUGCAUGUGUAUUCUUGGUCUUCUCAAGUAACUGCAUUGUUUUCUAUAGUUUCUCACAUGUUUCUGGAAAUCUGGGAAAUUGUUUAAAGUAUUUAUUAUCUCAGCAUCCCAGAAUUACUACUAGAUGUGUAUAUAUAUUUAUAUCUGGUUUUUAUUGCCACUCAUUGUCCAGCAGGCAUACAAUUUCUCUGGCACUUUAUUUCGGUGCCAUGUAAUUUGUGCUUUUAAUAAUUUUAACCUUUUAAAUGCCUAUAUAGGGUUUUAUCUGGCAAAGUAAUGGGAAAAAAUGUGCAA